AUGAAGGAAAAGAUCAACAUCAACACCGGACAAUUCCGAAGACUGAAAGCAGCCGCAUACAAUACUCAGCUCACCGACGGUUUCUUUCAGAUGAAGUAUUUCUAUGGCAGACAUGAAAUCACACGAGAUGACGUUCUCAGUGACAUACGAACAACUUGCAGCAAUGAAUCACGUAAAGACUCCUACAUGGACUGUAUGAAUGUAUUGUCCCUUAAAUGCCCAGCAGAAUAUGUCCAGGUGGCUGAGUAUUUAAGAAAUAAGAUGAACGUGUUUCGUGACGGAAUCGACGUCUCAGAGUGGAUACAAAAGGUGGUGCAUGACUGGUUUUCUGACAAACUUACAUGUGUAAGGGUACUCGACGAAGUGUUUUCCGAAUGUAAUGAAGAGCUUGUUGUCCAAAGCAGAAUGCAUGGACCUUACAUUUCUUUUGCAAAGGCAUCAGAAAUUUACCCACGCAUAACUAGCGAGGUUUUUCAAUGUAUGCAGACGAAGUUCAUUUUAAAACCAACUCCGAAUGACGGGUGUGGGAGCCCUUGGCAAGAUGUGCUGAUAAACUUUUGGUUGGAACUUCUGUUUACAUCAAGCAUUUUUACUAACUUGUCUGUUCAAGAUGCACAAGAUUUUCUGGCUUUAGCACGGAAUGUCACCAGAGGAGAGAUCCUUAAUAUAUAGAACCUCACACAGGCACACAAAUGCAAACGCAUACCAAAAUUGAAUUGUUGUAUAUCCUUAUGUUUGGUGUAUUCUUUCAAUUAUAUUUCUGGCCCAUGUUACUUACAUAUAAUAUAUAUUCUUUGGUGAAAAAGCGUCCACAACUAUAUUUAUACGGAAUUUCACAUGUAGAAAACCAACGACGCCCUUCUUUUGUUUUGUAGAUUUAAUAAACUUAAGUUUAUUUCCUCAUAAGACUGUAUAUUAUACUUUUUGUGACAAAAUUGGCCCGGCCCUGAU